AAAUAGAGGUAGAUAAAAUGGAAUAUUAAAUUUAUAUUAGUAAUCGUUUAUCAUGAGUUAUAAUAAUUCAGUUUUGAUUGGAAACUGGAGUGAAGAAAGACUUAAAAAUGAGUCCGAGUUCAAACUUUUUUUGCGGAAACGAGACAGGCGAGAAUUGCUGCUUCAAAGGUCGCGAACAUUGUUCAGUAAUUUACUGAAAGAGAGGCCUCUGGCAAUAAGCGGUACCUUUGUGUUGUUCGGAUUUAAUGUUCAAUUAGUGGCUUCAGAUAUGCCAGCAAAGUUAAGAAGCGCGUGUGGUAAAUCACAGUAUGGGCUUGCAAUGUCAAGCCUGGUAAGCGAGAGGCAAGUAGACUAUAUGCAGAACAUUAAUGAUGGGUGCCUCAUGACUCUUUCACCUAUCACAACACCAUGCUGCCGAAACACCUUCGUAAUACUCAGUACUAAAGACGAAUCUACUCAUGGUGAAAAAAUGAACUAUGGAGACGAAUUCUUUCUCAGAGCUGAAAAUUAUGGAGAUCCAGAUGCUGUUCCAUUGUACGUCCGAUUCACGCCGGAAGCAACGCCCGGCCCCGCAGACCAUAUGCCAAUCAGGCUGAGUGCCACAAAAGACAGCAAUUGUCGUUGGACUACCAUGCCUUUAUUGCCCGCUGACCGACUGGAACGACUGGGAAGUCCUGUGAAGACUGGUGCCAAGCUCAUUGUGAAAAAUUGCGUUGCUGAUAAAAGUUUGUGCGUUAUGAAUCAGAAUUGGAUGCAAACAUUUUUUGGUCCCUACAAACUGAACAUUUUCUUGGAGCAAAUGAAAAAAGGAGAUUUGAUGUUGGCGCGUUUUCGCAAAAUGUCAGAGAACUUAAAUAAACCUACGAUACUCACUCAGAGUUCUAGUACUAUUGGGUUUGGAGCUAAGAUAUCUUUAUUAGCACCACAUGUACCAGCGUCAGACUCGCCAGAUCAAGACAGAAAAGGUUUGCUUCUGGGUGGACGUAUAUCGUCGAAUGAUAUAAAUUAUUCCCAAGAUUUGGAGGACGGUUGUUCUUUGGCGGGCUUCUCGGACUUGCAGCCAGCAGAGAGAAGCACCUUUAUUAUUACUAGUGCAGAUUAUUGUAACCGUGAGAACGAGUCGCUCAAAUAUAAUCAAGAGUUCCUUUUAACAUUAUCUUCAACUGCCAAGAAAAAGGUACCGCUGUACAUAAGGUACGAUCCGAACCCGAUUCCCGGUCUGUGCGGAAUGUACCCUUUAUACCUGAGUAAGCACGCAGUGUCGAAUACACGUUGGCGCGUGUUGCCGACUCAAAGUCCUAAUAUUACCCGUUUUGAACAAGAAGGGAAUCCUAUUAAUGUUAACACAGAUGUCGUGAUAAAUCAUUGUGCGACGAAUGUUAAUUUAGGAAUAAACGUUGGCUGUUGGGCGAUAGGAUUCUAUGGAAAAUUUUGUGUUCCUAUUAUGAAGACCUGUUUAGAUGUUUACGGAAGAGAACAGCAGAACAAUAUUUGGCAAAUAUAUAUUCCGAUAGCUAAAUAGUUGCUCCAAAAUAUCAUAAAAGUUUACGGAAUACGUUU